CUAUGCAUAUGUUGUCGAAGUUGUGCUUUGGUAAGCCCCUGAUACUGUUGCUAUUUGUUGCUCAUUCUGGCCCACUAACAUGCCUUCUCCUCCUAUAAAACCCAACCAAUUUUCAUGCUAUUCACCCCCACCCUAUCAAUUCUGUUCUCUGCAAAAACCAACCACCUUUCCAAGUAACCACAACCAGCAUCAUAUAGAUUUUAGCCAUGCUUCCCUAUGAGCUUGCAGCAAUCCACUACCUAACUUCAGAUAACCAGUCUCCGUUUCCAACCAACUUUUCCAUGAUGCAAAACAAUUGCAGCAUAUUUCCAACCAACUCACCAAAUUCUCAACUGUCCUCGUGCCUCAGCAACAACUCGACCUCUGACGAAGCAGAGGAGCACCAACUAAGCAUCAUCAACGAAAGGAGGCAGAGGAGGAUGAUAUCCAACAGAGAAUCUGCCCGUAGGUCACGGAUGAGGAAACAGAAGCACCUCGAUGAGCUAUGGUCACAGGUGGUCCGGCUAAGAACUGAGAAUCACAAUCUCAUAGACAAGUUGAACCACAUGUCUGAGUGUCAUGAGAUGAUCCUUCAAGAGAAUGCAAGGCUCAAAGAAGAAGCCUCUGGCCUUCACCAAAUGCUGAAUGGUCUCCAAAUUGGUAGUCCUUACCCUUCUCUCAGAGAUCUCGAGGAGGUCAACUGCAACACAGCUCAUCUCAGAGCUGAAUCUUCCAACCAAUUCAUCCCUGCUUCCACAAAUCUGCUUCACUGAGACAGUCCUUUUUUUUUCUAUCUACUUGUUUUUGUUUCUUUUUUCUUUUUCUUUUUUUUGAGUCAUUUCACUUGUGUUUUAUGGAUGUUUAUCAGUAUUUGGUAUGCUAUCAGAAACAUCUUUCAACCAGGCUAA